CCCAAGAAGGCGGUCCGGUCCAGCCAUUUCAGCUUUCUUUCCUACGCUUUGCACUUCCAUCUCUUCUUCUCAGAUCUCUCGCUUCUUUCCCAUUCUUUCCAGAUCCCAAAAUCACCAUUGAUUCAAUUCAAACCAACACAUUGGAUUCGCCUUUUUAUCAUUUCUUUUCAGAAUUUCGAUCCAAAGGAACGAAAAAGAAAUUUAAGGGAAAGAAACAGUUUGAUGACUAGAAAGCAAAAUUGAGAAGCCAAUUUUUGUUGAUUGAUGAUUUGUAGAUCUUGAAAAUGGAUCCGCAGCCUUCCCCAUCGGGAAGGUCGUCCCCAGUAGGUCGAAGCCCUUCAUUCUCCGUGACCGAUGCGGGUAGCCAAAGUCUCUCUUCGAUCCUCAACAACCCUCACGCUGCCAGAUUGGAGGCCUCUUGGGUUGGUUGGUGGUCCGUUUCUCCUCCCGAGUUCGCGCCCUUAAUUUCAACCAAAGCCUCCUCCGACCUCACACGAUCCGACUUCCAAUCCUACGUCUCUUCCGUCUCUGACUCCUACCAUCGCUUCGAGGACAUUCGCAACCACUCCACCAAGGAGCAAACCCUCGAUGUCGACAACAUUGGGGAGGCCCUCGUCGCUUGUUUGAGGGAGGUCCCGGCACUCUAUUUUAAGGAAGAUUUCGCACUCGAAGAUGGACCCACUUUCCGGGCAGCCUGCCCUUUCACCGAUGUUUCUGAAAACAUUGUGCUUCAGGAGAAGUUGUCACACUACCUGGACGUGGUGGAGCUGCAUUUGGUCAAGGAGAUUUCGCUGCGCUCCAAUUCUUUCUUUGAAGCGCAAGGGCAGUUGCAGGACUUGAAUGUUAAGAUUGUGGAAGGUUGCAGUCGGAUUCGCGAGUUAAAGGAAACUAUUCGGCUUUUAGACACUGAUUUGGUUGACUCUGCUAGGCAGAUUCAGGAGUUGAAUGCCAAUAGGACCAAUUUGUUUGCACUCCAACAUAAAUUGAAGCUUAUUCUAUCUGUUAACCAAGCGUUAUCCGCUCUUAAAUUGCUUGUUGCAUCUGCAGAGUGUGCUGGAGCUUUGGAUGUUAUUGAUGACCUGCAGCACUUGUUGGAUGGGGAUGAGCUUACUGGUUUACAUUGCUUUCGUCACCUUCGAGAUCAUGUAGUGGCUUCUAUAGAUUCCAUAAACAGCAUUCUUUCGGCAGAAUUUAUGUGUGCUUCAAUACAUGAUACUGGAGAUGCGGAUGCAGUUAUAUUGUUGAAAGCAAAAGCCAGGGCAUCCAGUUCCUUGAAUGGAAAAGAUGUUGAACAGGUUAAGUUGGAUGAGGAGGAAACCACUAAUUUUCGAGAUCGUCUUCUGCCCCUCAUCAUUGGUUUGCUUCGAACAGCCAAGCUCCCCUUUGUCCUGAGGACAUAUCGUGAUACACUUACUGCUGAUAUGAAAACUGCUAUUAAGACUGCUGUUGCAGAGCUGCUUCCUGUUCUUGUUGCUCGACCUCUGGAGUCUGAUUUAACUGCAGAGCGUUCUAUGGACAUAGAUGGUGGAGGCUCAUCACUUGCAAGCAAAUUGAGGAGCUUGUCAUCUGAAAGCUUUGUUCAACUUUUGGCUGCUAUUUUCAAGAUUGUACAGGCACAUUUAGUGCGGGCUGCUGAAGUGAAAAGGGCCAUUGAGUGGAUAAUGUGCAACCUUGAUGGUCAUUAUGCUGCUGAUUCAGUUGCUUCUGCAAUUGCUCUUGGUGCCAUGGUGGCAGAAUCUUCUCAAGAGAGUAAUGGUCAAGGUGGUCCACUUCUUCCAUAUGCGCCUUUGAGGAGUACUGCCAAGGCUCUUUCAUCCCCAGGGAAAGCAAGUGAUGCAAUAAGCCCCUCUAAUUUGUCAAAAAAUUUCAGGGCUGAUGUUUUAAGAGAAAACACUGAAGCAGUCUUUGCAGCUUGUGAUGCUGCUCAUGGAAGGUGGGCAAAGCUGCUUGGGGUUCGUGCUCUUCUUCAUCCUAGGUUGAGAUUGCAAGAGUUUUUGAGCAUAUAUAACAUCACUCAAGAGUUUAUAACUGCUACAGAGAAGAUUGGCGGAAGGUUGGGAUAUAGCAUACGUGGAACACUACAGUCACAGGCCAAAUCCUUUGUUGAUUUCCAGCAUGAAUCUCGAAUGACAAAAAUAAAAGCAGUGCUUGACCAGGAGACAUGGGUAGAAGUUGAUGUUCCUGAUGAAUUUCAGGCAAUUGUGUCUUCACUACUUCAUUCUGAAGCAAUAAUUUCUGGAAACAAGGAUAAUGCUGAAACUAAUAUGACAAGCUACAGUGAUAUGGUUGCAAGCAAUGAAGGUUCACAAGUGGCUGACACUGGAUUACAGGGUGCUUUAGAGCAACAAGAGCAGACUGACUCUAGUGGCGCAACUGCACUCAAUGCUGCCCAAGGGAAGGCUGAGGCGAUUGAGAAAAUGAAAUCUGAUUCAGUAACUUCAUCUCAGAGUAACAGUAGUAACAUGAAGGAACGUGGAAAACCUACUACUCAAAUGCUUGAAUAUGGAGGUGUUGGUUAUCACAUGGUAAACUGUGGCUUAAUAUUGGUGAAGAUGCUGUCGGAGUACAUUGACAUGAAUCAUCUUUUGCCAUCACUGUCCUUGGAAGUGGUUCAUCGUGUUGUGGAGAUUUUAAAAUUUUUCAAUACGAGAACUUGCCAACUUGUCCUGGGUGCUGGAGCCAUGCAGGUUUCUGGUUUGAAGUCCAUUACUUCUAAACAUUUGGCCUUGGCAAGUCAAGUCAUUAGUUUCACAUAUGCUAUUAUUCCUGAAAUCAGGCAAAUCCUGUUUCUGAAAGUUCCCGAGCCUCGAAAGUCACUAUUGUUGUUGGAGUUUGAUCGAGUAGCACAGGAUUAUAAGGUUCAUCGUGAUGAAAUACAUACAAAGCUUGUUCAGAUAAUGAGAGAGAGGUUGUUGGUUCAUCUGCGUGGACUGCCCCAGAUUGUUGAAAGCUGGAAUAGGCCAGAAGAUGCUGAACCACAGCCCAGUCAAUUUGCUCGAUCCCUUAUAAAGGAAGUUGGCUACCUCCAACGUGUUUUAUCUCGAACAUUGCAUGAAGUAGACGUUCAAGCAAUUUUCAGGCAAGUUGUUGUAAUCUUCCAUUCGCAAAUUUCAGAAGCAUUUUCACGCUUAGAGAUCACCACUCCUCAGGCAAAAGAUAGGCUGCAUCGUGAUAUUAAACACAUUCUUGGAUGCAUUCGAUCAUUGCCGACUGAUAAUUUGAACAAUUCUGCUACCCCUAACUGGGGGCAACUGGAUGAGUUUCUAGUGCAAAGGUUUGGGGCAGAGGCUGGUUGAGGUUUGUUGUUUUGUACAGUAAUAGAGACCACAUUUGAAGGGAACACUUGGGGAUUUGUCAGAACCAAUUCUCAGCCUAUGCAGUUGCUUUGUAGAAUUAAAUUGAGGUAGAUUGUGAAAAAUAGUACAAAAUCAGAUUGAAAUGUUGCGGCAGGAAGGAAGCAUUAAUAGUUUUGGGAGUCACAGUUGAAUCUACAUAUACACAUCAUUUAAUCAUUACAUAGUUUGUAAUGGAAUAGAAUGGUCGGGUCCGUCCAUGUUUUGUUCCCUUCAUGUAAUUUUUGAGUAAAAACAGUGAAACAAAUUGAGUUUCCUCUCCCUCCCCCAAAGUCCAACCAUUUGAGUGAGUGAUCAGCAUUGGUUUUGCAUUUUGUUCUCUUUUCCCUUUCUUGUUUUCUCAUUAUUUUUUAUUAGGGCUAUAUGGAAUUGGACUUUAAUUGUUAUUGAUGUAGCAAAUAAAUUUCGUUCUUCAUUUGUUGUUGCA